UAUUCAUCAGGAGAGCUGUAGAUUUAAAAGCUGGAAUAUACGAUUUUACGUGAAUACAAAUUGAAGAGAUUCUGUGCUGGACUGCAGUAAGUCAUGAAGUUUUUUUUUUUUUUUUUACUAUAAUGAGAUAAAAAGACGCUUUUUCUUAAAAGCUAUUGUUAUGGAAGCUCCAUACCGGUUAUUCUUGUAACAUGAAACCUGAAAAAUAUUACUCGUAUCUCUCUUUUUUCAGUUUAUUUACAUUAUUAGCAUAGAACUUGUCAAUUUUGUCAUUCUAAAUUUCUGGGUGAAAAGAAAUAUAUCUGCUGGUUUCUUGACAAUGGGACUAUAAUUGAAAUAAUUUUUGAACACCAAAUUGUAUUCAAAUAAACAAAUAAUAAAACAGAAUAAAAUGACCAUUUGAUAAAACAACACUUUCUACUGACUUGAAUCAGGUGUUUUUCAUCCAGUCGGAGAAGUUGUGAGAUGAGAGCUGUAGCAUUCACUCUGCUUGUCUUUGGCCUGCUGUGGGACAGUGUGAGAGCUGAAAACACUAUCAGCAGCCUACGAGAGGCAGCAGUAGCAUGGGAGGGGGAGCUGCCGUGCGGAAAGUGGGACUGUGACUGUGCGUUUAAUCACCAGCGAGGUUGCUGCUGUGCCACCACUGAGCUCCAACAAGCAGAGGAUCAAAUCUACACAAGAAUGAUGGACCUGUCUGUGAGCAUGUCCCAGCUGGGUGACAGCCUCCUUGAACUUUUAGGAGGGAUGAGGGUUGCAUUCACAGCCUCUAUGAGCUCCAGAAUAAACUGUCUGGGACCUUUCACCAGAAACAUGCCCAUCCCUUAUGAUGUCAUCACUCUAAACCAUGGAAAUGCAUAUAACCCAGUCCUUGGUUUAUUCACAGCUCCUUGUGCCGGACUGUACUCCUUCUCCUUCUCUGUCUACUCAAAGCUGAGCCUGACAGGUGGAAGGAUGUACUACAAGGUGCAACUCAUGAGAAACGGAGAGGUGGUGACAUCCAUUUGGGAAGACAAUAGAGAGGACUCAGAAGACAGUAGCUCCCAGACAGUACUGCUGUCCCUGCAGCAGGGAGGCCAGGUCUAUGUAGAGCUGCUGAGCGGCAGGCAGCUAUGUGGGAACAUUGAGGGCCUAAACACCUUCUCUGGCUCUUUGAUUCACCCCACUUUGACCUCACAUUGAUUUAUUCAGUUUGGUAUAAAACAUCUAAUUAAUGAAAUCUG